AUGGCAACAUCUAGAAGUGUUAGUGAGUGCUUUGAUGGUUCUUCUGUCGAGUUAGACCAUCAUAAAGCACAAACUUCGAUACAAAGUUUAUGUGAAGAAAGUGAAGUUGAGUUGCGUAAUACUACAUUCAGUGUACCAAAGGGUGAAAAUGGCAAAACCAGACAGCAUUUAAUUCAAAGAAGUGCUUCCGCUACAGAUGUAACAAAAAAAAAUUCUGAAAAUUUUUUGAGAAUUCCCGCGAACCAAAGGACUGUUUCGACCAUAACAGAACCAAAUUUGAGGCUUCAGAGAAGUGUUUCAACAGUAACUUCUUCAGCAGGAGUAUCUUUUAAAGCGGAAAUUUUAAAAAACAACAUCGGACCGAAGAAUGGAAGAAUGGUGCUCCAGCUCGUCUUGCCCGCCAACGGACAUGGGGACAGUAAUAUCUCCAACCUCGACGAAAUAUUCGGUGGUAACAAUAAACGUCGAAGUUCCGGUAGCCAACCGGAGUUGUAUUCAACGCCAGAUACAGAAUGUUACGUCAAUACAGCGUUUAGCAACGAUCUGGGCGACUAUAACCGGAAUUUCGUCCAAACUCCCAUGUCGCUAGAAUCGACCAGCGAUCAAGCAAAAUCGACGAGUCCAGAAGACAAAAAACAAAAUUUCAGGAAGCACCUCACGAAUAUCCUCAGCUCGAUGUAUGCCCUCUUUAUCGUCACAUUGGGCUUGGUAGUUUAUAUAAGCGAUGUGAUUUUGGAAAGCAACCCCAUAGCUGAACGUUUACAGACUUUCAGCCUUUAUUUAGUCGUCAUUGCGCUCAUCUUCAUCCUUUACUUAACAGUCGAUGUCAAACUAUACGUAAAAAAAAAAAACAAAUACAACGAUCUGUUAGAGAAGAACGUUGCCGAAGAUAUCGAAAUGAAAGAAUCGGCCAGCGGUGAUUACCAACUUAAUAUCAGGCUACCGGAAGCCAUCCGAGUAAAGCAAUUAGAACAUCAUUACUGUUUCAGCAAGGACAGACAUUCCGCUAAUUUUUAUCUCAAAAUUGGAGCCGCAGUUUUUUGUCUAGGCCAUUUGAUACACAGUGGACUCCUUAUAGGAUACCAAAUACUGUUUUUAACCUCAGAAGGAGAAGAUUUCUACAAAUGUGCAACAGUGAUUAGCCUAAUUCUUGACAUCGUGUAUCCCAUCUACUCCUUUUUUCUACUCUACUUUAUCUUCAAAUAUUCCAACAUAAUAGUCAACCGUCAUUUGGCUGUGGUUCGUUUCGGUUUGAUGCACUGCAUAGCCUCGAGUUUAUGCUUCUGGGUGUGGACGAUCCUUCGCGAGACUAUCGAAUCCUUGUCACACCACGAAGAAGACUCAACCGAUGAAUCUACAACCACUUCUGAGACAGCAUUCUUUACCAGUCCUCACGCUCUUCCUCUUACUUCGUACGACAAAAGGGGCGCAAAACUUCUCACGGCUUAUCUCAACACGACUGUUCGUCAAUUCGUCGGCGAAUGUCAGAACGAUGCUGGUCUCAGUUUGAUUUAUCGCAACUAUUCCCCUUAUUUGUAUCCGUUCUCCGUCGAGUACAGCAUCCUUGUCGUUGGGGUGUUAUUCGUGAUAUGGCAGAGCAUCGGGAAAUGCAAACAGAAAGAGGAAAUGUCAUCGACGAGACAAUGCGACACUCCGGUAGGAAACAAUGAUAAUCUCGAGAGCAACGUCGUUAUUCACGCCGAUUGCCAUUCAGCCAACAAGGGACUCUUCAGUGGAAUUGUCAUCAUGGUCUUGACGGUUGUCAGUGUUAUAUUGUUCCUCAUCGCUUUCAACGAUUCACGCUACAACGAGGAAGCCGUCUCGAUCAACAGCUCCACAUCCAUCAUCAUCACUCUACUGAUGACCAUUACUGUCAUUUUUGCUUAUCGACAAAUCACAAAACUGGAUGUCAGUCAGUCACAUGUGUCUUUUCUUGAUGAUCUCCUUCUCUUCGGCUGUAUGCCAGCUUUUUUCCUAAAUGGAAUUGUCAGUAUUAUUCCAGCUGUCAUCUCCCAGAAUGCCUCAAGUAUAGCACUUAUCAUCCUGGAACUUGGUCAAGUUCUGGUUCAAACGCCGCUUAUCAUCGAUGGAUUGCGACGUUGUAGCAACAGUAAGGAACUCAGGAGAGAAAAACCCGGGAGGGAGUUAUUAACUUUCCUCAUUGUUUGUAAUGUGGCAAUGUGGAUCAUGCAAACGUUUGAGGUGAAAUCGCACGGUUUGCAAGAUCACAAGAACGAGUUCUAUGGGGAGGAGCUGUGGACGAUCAUAGGGCACCUCUGUGUCCCUUUAAUGAUGUUCUACAGGUUUCACUCGUCGGUCUGCAUUGUAGAUAUAUGGAAAUACGCUUAUGAAGAGAGUAAACAUUAUUAAAUGUUUCUGUAUUUGGAUAAUAAUUUAUGUUUUUUGUACAAUAAACGAUACCUGCCGAA